CUGCGACUUGUCGAUUUUCUGCGGUGUUCCACGAGCUUCGUCGGACGUCGUGGGGUCCUCGCGUCAAUUAUAGUGUUGUGGAUUUUAUAAUUGCACUUGGGAUUUUAUCCCCAAAAUAUGCAAAAGUGAAACCAUUUAUAAAUUUCAAGACGUUAGCAUUCCAGCGAAGAUUUUUGGAACACGAGUGAGGUGGCACAGCCGGUGUGAGUAUCAGGAAGAUCGUCCGCUGCGAUAUAAGAAAGAACGCCGUCUGUGUUGAGAUGGAAGGCUGGCGAAACACUACCUGAAGGAUCCCUCGUACAAAACAAUGCAUGGACUAUCACUGCAUCUGCUUUGCCUGCUCCUGGUUGUGGGGAGUGUGUGGCCGCAGUCAGUGGAAGAAGUAGAUGACGAUGUUACUGUUGAAACAGAGGACGAGGAACCAGCACAGAAAGUCCCAUACGCUUCUCCUAUCGUGCCUCGUGAUGCUUAUUUUACGGAGCACUUUGACGACCCUGCGGCAUUCGAGAAGCGCUGGGUCCACUCCAAGGCCAAGAAGGAUGGCACAGACGAGGAGAUCGCCAAAUAUGACGGCGAGUGGGCGAUCGAGCCACUGCAGCAGUACGCGCUGGAGGGCGACCGCGGCAUGGUGCUCAAGUCGCGCGCCAAGCACGCGGCCAUCAGCAGUCGGCUCAGCAAGCCGUUCCACUUCAUCAGCAAGCCGCUGGUGGUGCAGUACGAGGUGAACCUGCAGAACGGCCAGGAGUGCGGUGGCGCCUACCUGAAGCUGCUGUCCGACUCGCCCGACCUGGACCCGGCCGCCUUCCGCGACAAGACCCCCUACACCAUCAUGUUCGGCCCAGACAAGUGCGGCAACGAUCACAAGCUGCACUUCAUCUUCCGGCACCGCAACCCGGUCACGGGCGAGUACGAGGAGAAGCACGCCAAGCGGGCCACCAGCCAGAUCGACACGGCCUUUUCCGACAAGGCGACGCACCUGUACCGGUUGGUGGUGCGGCCCGACAACUCGUUCGAGAUCUACAUGGACGACAAGGUGGUCAACAGCGGCAGCCUGCUGGAGGACAUGACGCCGCCGGUCAACCCACCCAAGAUGAUCGACGAUCCGUCCGACAGCAAGCCCGCCAGUUGGGACGAGCGCGAGAAGGUCCCCGACCCGGACGCCACCAAGCCGGACGACUGGGACGAGGAGGCGCCGGCCAAGAUCGUCGACCAGGACGCGGUGCGACCCGACGGCUGGCUGGAGGACGAGCCCGAGAUGGUGCCCGACCCCGACGCCGAGAAGCCGGCAGACUGGGACACGGAGAUGGACGGCGAGUGGGAGGCGCCGCUGAUCAGCAACCCAAGCUGCGCCGACGCGCCCGGCUGCGGCCCCUGGAGCGCGCCCACCAUCGAUAACCCGGCCUACAAGGGCAAGUGGCGCGCGCCCAUGAUCGACAACCCGGCCUACAAGGGCAAGUGGGCGCCGCGUCGGAUCGAGAACCCACACUACUUCGAGGACACCGAGCCCUUCAAAAUGACCUCGAUCGGCGCUGUGGGCGUCGAGCUGUGGUCCAUGUCGGACAACAUCUACUUCGACAACGUCCUCAUCACCGACUCGCUGGUGGACGCGCAGCAGUUCAUGGAGGAGACGUUCCACCUCAAGUCCAAAAAGCGAUACAGCAAGGAGGCGGGCCUCUUCGACCGCUUCCUCAAGUACAGCAACGAGCGCCCGUGGCUGUACGCUGUGUAUGUGAUCGCCAUCGGACUGCCUCUGGUGCUGGUGCUCUUCUUCUGCUGCUCCGGGUCGGCCAAGACGGAUACGGCCGCCAUGCGUAAGAAGACGGACGAGCCGGAGGACGAUGAUCAGGCGACUGGCGACGGCGAGCCAAUGGCCGAGGGCGAGGAGGAAGAGGAGGAACAGGCGGAGGGCGAGGAGGAGGAGGCCAGGGAGGAGCCGAAGGCGGCCGGUGACGCGGCCAACGAGUCCGAGGAGACUGAAGAACAGAAGGGCAGCGGUGAUGAGGCGCCGGCGACGGGCGGUGAGGGGGACGCGCCGCCGGCGUCUCCGCGCCGGCGGCGGCCGCGCCGGGAGUGACGCCGCGCGCGCUCCCAGCUAGCCAGGGAUGCCGCUGGAGCUUGCCCGCCGACUGGGACCGCACUAGUCAACGACGCGACCGACGGCGCGGCGCGACGCGCGCAAGGGAGAGAGACCCUGAGAGCGAGGAGUGUGGGACGGUGCCGGCUGCUCUGCUGCUGGGAUGUUCGGGCGCCGGCGCCGGCGCGCUGCUGUAUAUUCAUCGCCGCGGGAAGAGGACCGCACCGGUGCAAAUGACGAAGUAGGCACCGCUCGGGUAGACGGAACACGACCAGAGCCGGCCCGGCGGUACUCGAAUGUUGUCAGACUGCCCAGGGUAUCGGAAUGGGGCGGACGCCGGCCAGUCGGCGUUUUGUAUCUGUCUGAGCAUCGGUUAGGUUUGUACCGUUUGUAUGUGUUCAAAUUGUGUUUGUUUCCAUGUGAGUUUUGUGUUGCGUAUUGUGCAUCGGUAUGCAAUGAUGCGUAGAUUGCAUGCGCAGGGGUGGGUGAGUGUACUUGUUGGCGUUCCUUUCUCAAAAUGUAUUCACACACGUUAUCGAAUAAAGUAUCACUUAGA